UCCAACAAGUUUGACUUUGAAAAGAAGAGGAAACUUCUGUCUGGAGCGACACAAACACACCAGCUGCUGGUCAUGGCCGACGUUGCAAAGGGGAAGAAGCUGUUUGUCCAGAAAUGUUCCCAGUGUCACACGGUGGAGGAGAGCGGGCGCAAUAAGGUGGGACCCAACCUGUGGGGUCUGUUCGGGAGGAAGACGGGUCAGGCACCUGGCUUCUCCUACACACAGGCCAACAUUGACAAAGGUGUCAUAUGGAGUGAGGAAACUCUGGAGGUCUACCUUAAAAACCCAAAGAAGUACAUCCCCGGGACCAAGAUGAUCUUUAGUGGGAUCAAGAGGAAAAAGGAAAGACAGGAUAUUAUAGCUUAUUUAAAGGACGCCACCUCAUAAUAUACUAACCAAUACAGAAGCGCCACAACGUCCACAGGAAGAACAGAGCAGAGGGCGUUUUUUAGGACAACAUUUUUGUUUACUUUCUUAUCACAGUUUUGUGUAAUUAUGAUUCCUGAGGGGGUUUCUUCCGCUGGGUUUUUCUAAAAACUGAAACGUUCUACUGCCACUUGCACAGAAACUACGGUUUCAUAACUUUGCAUCUUUACUUUCACUUUAUUAUUUUUAUAGUUAUUAUUCUGUUUCAUGUUUUUAUUGGUGUGUAUACAUACAUAAGACAUUGAUGUCGGCAUUAAACGUCUGUAUACACCCUUAGAUUUACAUAUUUUUAGAAACAAACAAUGAUCCCAUGGGUUAGGGUUAGGGUUAUUAGGUAACAUAUAGUUAUUAUUUAUUAUAGUUUGCUGCUGGGCCUCUUUCACUUUAUAUGUGGUUUUCUACUGUGGUCUCAACAUCGAUAUCAUUUGUUAUCCAUGUGUUGGACGGUGCUGGACUUUCUUUCUUUCUUUCUGACUUUAAUUGUUGUUAAGUUGCACUUUAAGAUGCGUUUUGUAUCUUUCUAUUUUCUCUUUUAUAAGGACAGCCAGGUCAGAUAUAAAUAUUUACACUUUUUACAGUAAAAUAAAUAUGUAUUUGUGUUACAGAUAUCACCUCAUGACAACCUGUUGAAUGAAUUGCUGUUUAUGGUGCUCCAUACAAUGCAUUGGAUGUGACAUUUUCAGUAUUUCAAUGAAUCCAUUAUUUCCUUUCACGACAAAAUCACAAUAAUGCAUUGAGUUACAACUGUAUUGAAUUAUGUAAAUCAGUAUUGUCAAGUAAUUAGA